AGGUUGAAAUAGUUGCUAAAUUCAUGCCGAACAUUGAAAUAUAAUUUAAAGAGGUUUAUUCACGGCUAAGUAAAUUGAGGAAAUGGCAACGACAAAAGAGCUGCUGCAGAUGGAUCUCUACGGUUUACUCGGCGUUGAAGACGCGGCCUCCGAGAAAGAGAUCAAGAAAGCGUACAGACAGAAAGCUCUGACUUGCCAUCCGGACAAGAACCCAGACAACCCCAAAGCAGCUGAGCUCUUCCACCAGCUUUCCCAGGCCCUCGAAGUCCUGACUGAUGCUGCGGCAAGGGCUGCUUAUGACAAGAUCUGCAAAGCCAAGAAACAAGCCGAGGAGAGAACCAGGAGGCUUGAUGACAAGAGGAAGAAGAUCAAGUUAGACCUGGAGGCGCGCGAGAGGGAGGCCGAGGCUCAGAGCGCCGAGGAGGUCAAAAUCACACGCACGCUAGAGGAGGAGAUUGCUCGGCUCCGGGAGGAGGGCUCACGGCAGCUGCAGGAGGAACAGAGGCUGAUAAAGGAGCAGAUCCAGAAGGAGAGAGAGGGAGGAGGGCAUGGAGGAGGCGCAGCACCAGGCACUGAGCGGCGGACGCGGUCCGACAGCAGCGUGACCCCCAAAUUAAAACUGAAGUGGAAGAGCUCAAAAGAGGAUGACACGAAUGGUGGCUACUCCCAAGACCUACUGUUCGGCCUUCUACAAAAGUAUGGUGACGUGUUGAAUGUUCUGGUGUCGAGGAAGAAGAAAGGAAGUGCAGUGGCAGAAUUUGCAACAGUCAAAGGCGCGGAAUUGGCGUAUAAAAAUGAAAUGGGCUUGAUAGAAAACCCCCUGAAAAUUUCAUGGCUUGAAGGACAGCCUGAGGCCCCGGCGCCGGUAUUGCACAGUCAUGGAACGGACAGGCCAUUCCGACAAGUCCAGGGAUCCUUGAGCAGUGAGCGGGACUACGAGAGCGUCGUGCUGAUGAGAAUGAGACAAGCGGCAGAGAGGCAGAGACUGAUCGAGGAGAUGCAGAGGGAGGAUGAGGAGGAGGCCGCCCGGUCCUAGCCAUCAGUAACACUGACAAACUGUUAAGCUUUAGUUCAAUAAAGCAAACCUUCUUGUAUGUUAUGAACCAUUACCAAAAAUAAUCAGGCUAAUCGCUGAGAGUACCUCUGCUGUUGUUCAUUGGAUAGUAGAUUGUCCCCAGACUGGGAAAUGGUGGCACCAGUGAUAAUGGCACCAAUGCAUGUUAUUUAAGGUCAUUGCACUGUAGAAUGUGUUUUUUUUUUUACCCCAAAACAAGGGAUUUACAUCAGGUCAUAUUUUAGCUCCAUAUCACAAACGAAUGUAAUUUCCACUUCUCUUUUACUGCAGAAGACCUUUUCAGAGAAAAGGGCUAUCCAAUUGGACUCCAAAUCCCAUGGCUGCUAUCAUUUAAUUACCAUCUGUCAGUACAGUUCUACUCAUUUCUAAAGAGAGCAAAAACUUGUUUCCGUGCCAUAAAUUGCAGCCAAGAGCAAAUGAUUUGAUUUCCCUUGUGCAAUAUUACUCUUGAUUAAAUAGUUACAUUUUAUUGUAUGUAUCUGCGCAAUGUACUCUGUCUUUUGGACAACCCAAAACCACAGAUUAUGUCUCCCAGAGGGAGAUCUAUGGGUAAGGAAAUCGCUCGUUUCUGUCCGAUGUUUCACAGGCAGCAAGACAAUCCCGCAUGCCUUAGGCCGUACGGUCAUCCUGGGGAAUGGUAAACAGUGGGUUUUAUGGGAAUGGUGUGAGCUCACGUGAUGAAACGUGAACCCGCUUUGAAGUUCCUCUGUAAUAACUGUGGCAGACACGAUGAUUGCUCUGUAAUUUGUGUAUCUGGGGCUCAGUUCCAAAGUGCAGCAUCCCCACAUGGAACGAGACAAAGGCUUAAACAAAUAUUUCAUAACAGUCCCUUGUAUUCAUAACAGAGUGUUUCAUAACAAAUGUUAUUGCUUACAUUAUGAAAGAUACUGGUUUGGUGUCCCCUGUUCA